AGGCAACAUGUCAUCUCGGGCGAUAACCAUAGUGAACCUGGGAAAGAGCAUAGAUUUUGACUACAAGGGGUUAAAACUGCAGCCUAAGCUCUCGUCGGAGGAGGACAGAGAGUCGGGCAUAGGAUCCACUCUGGACCUCGCCAGCAGUUUUGAGAGCUACAGGCCACAUACCAAUCACCUGUUCAGCACUGUGUCAGUCACAGCAGCAGACAGGCGCCCCCAAGAGACAGGUCUUGCACCAAUCUCCGCAGCAACUCCAAUUAACGUCAAGCGGCUUUUAAACGGACUGACCAAGAUUCCUCUCCUCCUUGCCCUCCUCUUUGUCUUCGUUUGCUCACUGGACACGCUGAGCUCUGCCUUCCAGUUAACAGGGGGGAAAGUAGCUGGGGACAUUUUCCAGGACAAUGCAGUGCUAUCCAAUCCAGUGGCAGGGCUCGUGGUGGGAAUACUGGUGACUGUGCUGGUGCAGAGUUCGUCAACGUCCACCUCUAUUGUGGUCAGCCUAGUGGCCUCAGGCUUGCUGGAGGUGAAGCUGGCUGUUCCGAUUAUCAUGGGAACCAAUAUUGGGACUUCAGUCACGAAUACCAUUGUGGCCAUGAUGCAAGCAGCGGAGAGAAGCGAGUUUGAGCGGGCGUUUGCGGGUGCCACCAUUCACGACUGCUUUAACUGGCUCUCGGUGCUGGUGUUGCUGCCUUUGGAAGUGCUCAGUGGGCUCAUGACGUGGAUGUCCCACUGGAUGGUCUCGAGUCUCAGUCUCCACACUGGACAAGAUGCACCCGAACUGCUUAAGGUCAUCACCGAACCAAUCACUAAACUCAUCAUACAGCUAGACAAAUGUGUGAUCACAGGAAUCGCUAUGGGCAAUGAGGGUAUGAGGAACAGGAGUUUGGUUAAACGACUGUGUCAAACCGACCUUGUUAGGCCCACUGUCAAUGCCAGCCUUGAAUCUUGUAAUUUUCCUUAUUACAAUUCAGAGGUUGGCAAUGAGCUCUACAUUCUAAAGUGUAGGCACUUGUUUGUGUCCACAGAGCUGUCAGACCUCACUGUAGGACUGAUACUCCUGGCUGUCUCGUUGGCUGUCCUCUGCUCCUGUUUGCUACUCCUGGUCAAGCUCCUCAACUCACUCCUGCAAGGACAAGUAGCAAAGAUCAUUCACAAAGUCAUCAACACAGAUUUACCUGAUCCAUUCGGUUGGCUUGCUGGAUAUGUGGCGAUGUUUGUAGGCGCUGGGGUCACUUUUGUAGUCCAAAGCAGCUCUGUCUUCACCUCUGCCAUCACACCCCUCAUAGGAGUGGGUGUGAUUAGUUUGGAGCGGGCCUACCCACUCACUCUUGGCUCCAACAUCGGCACCACAGCCACAGCUCUGCUCGCAGCUCUGGCCAGUCCUGGGAACAAACUCACUGCUGCCUUACAGAUUGCAUUGUGUCACCUUUUCUUCAACGUAUUUGGCAUAAUCCUGUGGUAUCCCAUUCCCUGUAUGCGCCUUCCCAUAAGAAUGUCGCGUGUCCUUGGGGAGCGGACUGCCAAAUACCGCUGGUUUGCAAUCCUCUAUCUUCUUAUUUUCUUUUUGGUGUUGCCCUCCCUUGUACUUGGUCUGUCCUUGGCCGGCUGGCAGGUGAUGGUUGGUGUUGGGGCUCCCUUUGUGGCCGUAACAGUUUGCAUUACUUUGAUAAACCUAAUGCAAAGCCAUAGUCCGCGACAUCUUCCCAGCAUGCUCCAAAACUGGGACUUCCUACCUCCUUGGAUGCGCUCUUUUAAACCACUUGACCGGCUUAUCACCAGGGUAACUGCGUGUUGCCGCAGACUGGGCAAAGAUGACGAUAGUGGGGUGGAGGAGAAGAGAGAGGAUCGUGUCCCUAGAAAUAACACAACUGACAACCAAAGGACUGAGCGAGCCAACAGUAAUCUGCACCUGGCAUAUGACAACCCUGUCCUGCAAUAUUUAGAUGAGGGCCCCGCAGCUGUGCCAGUCCUCAAACUAAAAGGCUUGGAGAGGUGCAACAGUACUCCAUUAUAGCUCUUUCACAGCAAAAACUUUACAGAAAUCCCUUUAAUUGCAAUCAUAUGGAAACUUUUCUGAGUGUUUCAGUAUCAGCUCUCCAAACAGGUGCAGAUCAUCACUGUCAUAUUUACGUGUGAAUAAAAGUGUAGCUAUAAAU